AGCAAACCUUCGUUCCCAUUGACGACAGACCAUGGUGCUGUAUGUCCUGUAUGUGAAGGCGGACUUGGACGCGAUUGAUUUGUGGGAGUUCCCUGUGAACCACCGAUGGUGCUUGGACAUUAAGGAGCCCACGAGCGAAGAGAAGCGUGAAGCCGUGUGGGUGUGCGACGACGAACUGCUGGAAGUGUCGGGCGGCCGCGGCGAGGCGCAUUUCUUGAUGAAGUGGCCUGGCGCGAAAAAGGAAAGCCAGUUGACGAUCGUCCGCGACGUGAAGAAGCUCACGCGCCCCAUCAAGGGAGAAGACUCGGGCGAGUUCGUCCCUGUCGUGGGCUUUGAGUGCCGCGGCCUCGAACCCGUGGUGUGGUACCCCGAAGGCGGGUACACGCUCACGUCUGCGGGCGGCACGGCCACGUUCCACGACGUCAACUUGGCGGAAGACUGGUCCGAGUACGACGAAGAUGGCGAACAGGCCGUGGGGAUUUACUCGAUCGAGCACAAGUUCGUCGUGGUCAAGGAAAAGAAGUAAUCAUUGCUAACCUGCAUCAUACCAGUCUACACUAAGCUCUCUCAUGGCGCCACGGAUGCUUUAGCCGACGAGAGGGUGACCGCGGGGGCAUUUUGCUCGGCCUCGUCUUGGUUGUCUUUUUCGUCUUGUUCCUUCUGCACAUCUUGGAACACAUCGCGCAAGAGCGAGUCGAAGUCCCAUGCAUCGUCAUCUUCUUGAACCUACAUUUUGUUUUCCAUGGGAAUGAAUGUCGC